GUUCAAGAGGCCAACAAUGGAAUAUCUGCCUAAGAAAAAGAAUGAGAUCGAAGUAAGACCUGAAAUAAACGACUGGAAAAUUAAUAACAUCAAAAAUUCCUUGUAUACCCUCCUCAUGAACAUGAAAUGAAGUGAAAGAGAUUGCCCCAAACUUGCUGAAAGAAUGUUUAAAAUUGACGAUCGACAUAAGGAUUUGAGGUGCAAAGAUCAUGUUUAUAGUCUAACCAAGAACAAGAGUAAUUACAGAGACCUCGAGUUUUUCUGGACUGAUAUCGAGAACACUCUUAAGAAUACCAAGAGAGAAGUCAUGAAAUGCCAAGUCCUCCUUUGUAUCGUUGACUGUAGGGAAUUUCAAGAGAUGCUAGGAUUGGAGAGGUUGGAUAAACUCGAGAAAAUUAAAGAAAAAUUGAACAGAAACUUAACCGAAUUUGAGCAGAAGGUGAGAACCACAAAGACUCAUCUUGACUUUGAUAUUUUUGCAUUCUUGCAACAACAAAUUUCAGCUAUUGACAAGGAUAUUCAGAUUGUGUACAACAUUAUCGGACCUUUCCUUGCAGAGACUUAUAGUUUUAAGAUUCUGGAAAAAGUUAAGUCUCUCGAAGAAGAAGACAUUUCCUUAUCAGUUAUGGCAAAACAAGAAAGAGAUCUAAGAUACCUUGAAGAGAAUAAGACAAGAAUUGUUCCUGAAACAACUAAAGGGAGCAAAAGAAUGCUCACAACUUUCAGAAAGCCAAGGAAUAAUCUAUCUAACAGUGUCAGCACUACUAAUACCACCUCCACUGGGAGUACGACUCCAACUAAGAAGUUGGGAAGGAGGAACUCGCAUUUGCAGACUACUACAACCACAGCUAGUUUUAUGCCAAUCAAAAGGAGAAAACACGAUGAAGAUUUUGAGAUUCCAGCUAUUGGAGAAUCUGUAACUACAAUGAUAAGAGUCCCAAUGAAGACCCCUACUAUCGACCCAAAGAACCCUAUCAUAGAGCCUGUGAACUAUAAAAUUAUCACAGUUCUGGCAGCUUUGAAGGAGGAUUACCACAAUCAGACUGCAAAGGCUCAAAAUCAUGUUGAUUUCUUGUACAAACUCAGGGACAGAUAUCCGAGCGUCCGUACUGAGAUAGACAAAUUCAUCAAUGGAAAUAAACUUAAGCCAAGCGAUAAGUUCCAAAAGAACAGAGUCAUUGCGAACACACCGGAAAUUAGAGAAUUGCUUUACAAGUACUCCAUUGACAAAAAUGCCAAAAUUGAUAGCAAUUAUGUCCUUGAUUUGAACUUAGGAAACUACAGAAAGAUUAAUAGGUUCCUUUAUAACUGAGGUGAAUACCAGAUGCCCAAAAUCAAAAAGCUAAGUAUUGUAAAUGUCAACAAGGUGGAUAAAACAAUGCUCCAGAACCUUCACAAGUUCCUUUCCCACACAAUGGCUUCGCACAUUCUCGAACUAUAUUUCGGAGCGAGUAAGCAAUGCGACGUUAAAAAGUUCAAUGCAUCUUUAGCCCCCAUUUUGAGGAAGGGAUACAGUGAACAUAGUAGUAUAUUCUUUUACAGACUAAACUUCGAUAACGAGGACCUCCGCAACGUCUUCGACAAUAUUCCUGAGAUUCGGAAACUUUGAUUCGACGAAUGCUCUUUAACCGGCGUCGAUGAAAAUUUUAGCAUCUCUAAAAAGAAAUUUUACUCCUUGGAGAAACUUAGCUUAAAAGUCAGCGACAAGAAGAUGGUAUACCUUCCAUACAUCGCUAAAGCUAUGUCCAAGACUAGGAUCAGAAAGACACUUAAGGAAGUUGAGAUCAACAACCCAGUCACCAAUCCUGAUAGAGUCAAGGAUAUGUUCAUCAGGCUUGGGUUCAGAAUUGAAAAGGUCAAGAAUCUUAAGUUUGAAGACGUAUUUAUUCUUUAAUAACUAUAUAAUAUAUAAA